AAACUUAUCAGGCAGCUCCGCGGCCACCUACAGCUGUAUAGAGCAGGCUGUGUGCAGGACACCUCACUGCUAAGACCCGGCGCGGGAAAUUGGAAAAGUCAGCGGCCGCAACACCCAGCCGGUGUACAGCCGGACAGCGACACAGUCUCGUAUCCCUCCGCCGCACUGUGUCCCGGGAUGGGGAGCAAGAAACGCGCCCGGACGCUUCCGCAGCCAGAAGAGUGCGGGGUUUGGUUAGACGCGUCCCAGCUGAAGAAGAAAUGCCAUCAGACUGUGAUUCCCUGCACAUCCUCAAGAUUUAAUCCACUAUCUAGAAGACAGUCUAUCAGUUCUGUGCUGAUUGAGUUCACGCAAACAAAGUCACCUCAGCUUUGUACCAAGCAGACUUCAAUGUAUUCCUUCUUCUCCCCAGCAGGCAAUAGGGAAAAACAGCCUUGUGUUGCUGCUAUUAAUACGUUGUCGGAAGAAACUUCUCCUGAGUGUGAGGGAAUAAAGGCGCAAGAGACACCGAAUGUGAUGACUCCUUCUCGCAUUGAAGCUUCUAUGUGUUGGAAGCCAACUUAUAGCGAUUCUGAACAUGCUGAAAACAAAAAGAGCGUCUUUUUACAUGAAAAACACAGAAAAACGGAGAAGCCAGUGAGUUCAGGACAGAAUGAAAAUGAUGCCUGGAGCUGUGUGCUGGAUAAAAACGAGAAUCCUGUUAGUUCCUCAAUCUUAAGGUCCCAAGACAAAUCUCUAAAUCCUCCUUCAAACUACCGGGCCACUGCUUAUGAUUCCAAGUACAGAAAUAACUUGUCUGACGCUUCAGUUUCUGAAUGUCCUCAGGAGGAUUAUAAUAAGGAACACUGUUUUCCUCCAAGUCAGUUUGAAAGUCAGCUUUUCACCCAAGAUACACAAGGGAACCGAGUAAUCUGUCACCGGUUUACAAGUGAACGCCGCAUGAAUGCUGCACCACUUCAGGACAAAACUAAUGCCUAUUGGGACACAAGAAGUCCGAUGAAAGGAACUCUACAGACCUUGCAUGAUGAGGAUACCCUCCACAAAAUGUUCACACAAGAUUCUGAAGGAAAUAUGGUUAUAAAACAUUAACCAGACAAUGAUAACUUUGCAGCUCUGUGUUGGUAACACAAGAAUAUUGAAUUGGAGACUAUUUUAUGUACAUGAACUACAGAGUUUUCUAUAUAAACUAUAUAUAUAUUAUUUGUAUCUGUCUCUUCCUGAGUGGUGCUACCUCUGUGAUGCCGAGGGCACGGUUAGUUAUUAGCUGCCUGCCUUAUUCUGCUCUGGUCAGGCCUAACUAGAAGAUGCCAGAUCACCAAGGGACUUAGGACAGGGGAGCCAUGUCAAGGGAAUAGUCGUGUUUCCCCACCUGUAGCUCUCCAGUUGUUGCAGAACUACAGCUCCCAUCAUGAUGAGUUGUAGUUUGCAACAGCUGGAGAGUUACAGGAAAUUAUUUAAGUGCCAACUUCCUAUGAGGGCCAUAACGGCACAGUACAUGGGGGGUGUCGUAAUGCUACAGUUCAAUGGGAAAGGGGGUCAUAGUGGCAUCAUUCAUUGAGGAGGCACGCACACACAUUUAUUGUUUUAAGUAAGGAACACUGGUAUAUCUUGGUUCAGGGCAGAGUGGUUGGUGAUAUUUGCAGGCACGGUGUGUGGCAGUGUUCUGGUCAUACGAGGAACAGUUGAGUUACAAUACCCCACACUUAUCACUCGUUUUGCCCUGUGACUUAUUAUUAGGAUACUGAUAAUGUUCUACCCUUGUUGUAACUAACCUUUACCUCUUUAAUAAUAAUAAAUACAAUCAAUAGCGUGUUCUCUGUGCUGCAGUGUCUGAGAAAUGUCAUCCCCCUUCUUCAAAUAAAAUAGUCUUUUGUAUUUAUGUUGGUAGUUAUAGCAAUGAAGUGUACUACAUAUACCAGGAGAAUACCUUUUUACAUGUCUCAAUGAUUAUUACAGUUCAUUGUUAUUAUAGCCUUUGGCUGUCUAGGCAUGCUGGGAGUUGUAGUUUUCUGACAGCUUGAGGCACACUAGUUGGGAAACACUGAUUCAUACACUUGCAAUAUAGUUGCUGCUGUAAAAACACCAAAUAAAGUUAUA